AUGGAUGAAAUAGACGAGACGCCACUUCAAACUGACGAGGUAAGGCGUCUCGGCUUGGAACUAGCAUUCCGGGCAGGCUGAAAAAAGACUCCUCACUCCCAAAUGGGAGUGAAGGAAAAGAGAUUGAAUGAGUCAAACGGAAGCCAAUCCCUCUCUCUCUCUCUCCCUCUCUCUCUCUCUCUCUCUCUCUCUCUCUGUGUGUGUGUGUGUGCGCGCUUUGUGUGCAUUCUUGCCUGUUGCCAUUUCUUCUCCAAUUGUUGCGUUCACCACUUUGCGCAUCUCCCUUAUUAUCGGACUGCCCUGGAGACGCUUCUCACUGACGCUUUAAUGUUACGGCUGGUUUAUUUAUAUGUAUAUAUAGGCGAUGGGGGCAGGAGGGAAGCGAGGAAGGGAAGAAAUAUGGGCACGACCUCUGGCUGUUCAGCCCUGCGAAAAUCCCUCGCUUCCCCCACUUCCCUUGCUCCUGUGAAGGAGCUCUGCGCAACCCGAAAGCUUGCGUCCUUGACGCACCGCAUAGUUUAACCAUGGAACUCGCUCCCGCAGGAGGCAGCGAUGCCCAACAACUUGGAUGGCUCUAAAAGAGGACUGGACCAAUUCAUGGAGGAGAGGGCUACCAGUGGCGACUAGCCACGAUGACUACUCUUCCUUUACAGUCGGAGACUUCUGUACCCCAGUUGCUGGAAACCACGGAAGGGGAGGGUGCUCUUGUGCGUGAGUGCUGCUUGCGGAUUUCCUUUGGGGGCGUCUGGUUGGCCACUGUGAGAACAGGAUGCUGGACUAUAAUGGGCAACUGGCCUGAUCCAGCAGGCUCGUCUUGUGUCCUGCGUUUUGGAUCCUAGCUGUCGCGGAGCAUUUCGCCUGUAACAUUUUCGGGGCAGAGCCCUGCCUUUUGGUUUCUGCGAUGUUGUUACCCUGCAAAGCUCCCAGCGCCAGACAGAGGGCCUUCUCGGUAGCGGCGCCCACCCUGUGGAACACCCUCCCUUCAGAUGUGAAGGAGAUAAGCAGCUACCCUAUUUUUAAAAGACAUCUGAAGGCAGCCCUGUUUAGGGAAGUUUUUAAUAUUUAAUGCUGUACUGUUUUAAACAUUUGAUUGGGACCCGCCUAAAGUGGCUGGGGAAACUCAUUAUUAGCGCUCAUGGUGCAAGCCAUAACGUGACACGACUGCAGCUCUUUCGUACUUCGGCGCGCCAGAGGAUCCUAAGAAACGGCCGCCUUCCCAAAUCCAACCCACGCGCAACUUUCAAGCGUCUGCUUUCUUUCCCCCCUCUUUUCAAAGGAGCUCCCUGGAGCCCUCGGGCGAGAUGUUUCCCCGCCCUUCUUGCAAGGCAGGUCCGUUGUCUGCAGGGGGUACUGCAACCCGCUGGCCGCAGCCUAUAAAGCGCAACAGGCAAAUCCCCUUCCCCCGCGUCCCACCUCCUUCCCCCGCCGUCGACUGUGCUACUUAGAGACCCGGCGCUGGAUAUUUAUUUAGUGAGGCGCUUGAGCAGGGAGAGCGAGGGUUUGGCUUUCCGGAGCCAGGAGCCUGCCGGCUUCAGAGACAGAACUUUGCCGCUGCUGGUGGGGUCAAGAAGAAGACGACGCCUGUCCCAGAAGGACAUUGUCCUCCUAGAAAGAAGCAGCUGCGUUUGGCGACCAUCAGCAGGACAAUCCGACCGGAGGAGACAGCAGGAGGGAGGCUUGCUGGACCUGGAUUUUGAGGAAAGCUGGAGGGCAAGCUUGGAGCAGGACGGUCCCUGGAAGUGGGGCGGAGAGAGACCAAGCCAAGCCAGGUAAAGCAACAAGCAUAUGGUUGGAAGGAGGGCGGAGAGGUUGGUAGAAGCGAGAGACUUCAAGUCUAGCGAGAAGGCAUUGUGGCAAAAACUUUGGGGGACGGGGCUAGAGCCCAACCACCGAGGAGCCACCAGACUCUCUUGUGGCUUUGGCGAGAGCAGAUUAACAUGGACACACUCUUCUGGGGUGUGCAGAAUGAGUCAAUCCUUGGAACAAUCUCAAGGUUUUUGAACAAUUCGUGGCUGCUUAAUUCAAGAGGAUCAAUUUUCUGAUAUUGGAGGUCAUUUUUUGUGUGUUUGUCACAUGUGGGCAACCCACACAUCAUUGUCAUCACCAAUUAAUAAAAUACAUUUGUAUUAUUGAUAAUAUUAUUAAUGGUAUUAUAUGCCAUUAAAUAUUAAUGAUAUUAAAUAUUUGUUUAUUAUUUAUUAUUAUUGAGCAUUAUUAUUAUUAUUAUUAUUAUUAUUAUUAUUGGUGUACGCAGAAGGAAGUUGCAAGCAGGGACUUCCCAUCAUUUGUCACACAUUUGUGUGUGAGUUAGUCCACUUCCUUUUACACUGAAAUGUCCAUUGUGUAGGGAAAAGGGAAGGCUUGGGCUGAUUCACACAUGCCUGCCCACCACUUGAUUCCUGAACCCCCAUUAACUGGCAACUGAAUGUGUGAAAAGGUCCACACUUGACUGUCAUGCAAAGCUAGGUAGCUCAGUCGGCUAGAACAUGGAGGUGAUAAUGCCACGGUUGCAGGAUCAACCCCAUAAGGGAUAACUGCACAUUCCUGCAUUGAAAGGUAGGGCUGGAUGAUCCCCAGGGUCCCUUCCAAUUUUAUGGUUCUCUGUUUCUAUGACUGGAAGGUCGUGAUCAGAAGAACCGCUGGGUAUAGGGCGAUAUAUAAAUCCAAUAAAUAAUAAUAAUAAGAGAUCUGGCAGGGGUGGGGAGGCUGACCUGCGAUGGUGCAUUUCACACAUGCAGGUCAGCGCAUGAUCCCAGUCACCUUCAAAGCAGUGGAAGUGCAGGUGUGAAGCAGCCCAAGGAGCACUGGGUACAUAUCAGCUGGCUUACACAUACACAGAUAUCACAUGUCAUUUCAUGUACAUCUGGGAACUAGCGACUGAGCGUUUGAACUGAUUUUGCUGGGCAGCUUUUCACACCGGAGAUGAAAUUUUGUUUGUGACUUGCAAGUGACCCACUCAGGACUGCAAGCCACCCUCUUGGUGUUUCUGUCACUGACUGAUAGGAAAAGGCAGCAGUAGCUCAGUGGCUAAAACAACUGCUUUGCAUGUAGAAGGUCCCAAGUUCAAUCCCCAGCAACUCCAGACAGGGCUGAGAAUGUCUCCUGCCCAAAACCCUGGAGAGCCACUGCCAGUCAGUGUAGACAAUGCUGAGCUAGAUAGACCAAUAGUCUGGCUUAGCAUAAAGCAGUCAGUGCUGAACUAGGUGGAGUAUCCGUCAGAUUCAGCAUGAUGUUGUCAAUGGACCAAUGGUCUGACUCAGUGUAAGGCAGCUCCCUAUGUUCCUAACAUGCAAUUUUUAAAAACAAAACGAAAUGCUUUCAGACUGCCUUUCCAUAUACUCAGAUGUGUGAAUGAGGCCCCUUUCUGUGCAGUGUGGAACAAGCAUGCAUACAUCAUGUUAAUUAAACCAGAAUAAGCAUCCAGUAUUCAGAAUUAUUAAUGCAAUAUUCCAUUUCCCCGUCUGUGAACUGAGCCUGCAUUGAAACAGCGAGAAAGAUCCAUUCUUUCUCCACCAGAGAUUGUGAUGGGACAGAUGAAGAGUAUUAAGGGCUAAAUAAGUUUCAUUAAAAGAUCUUGCCUGUACACCUUGAGGCGACUUUCCUUCUGAUGGAGAAAUAAGUGGACAUAAAGACAAAUUUUAGGGGAUGAUGAAGGCUGCUUUCUGUUUCUUUUAAAGUGGACCUGCUUUUAGCACAGUUUAAAAUAUAUAUCUGUAGUUUGCAAGAGAAAUGCAUGUGUUUAUUCAAUAGAAUUGAUGGCUAGAACUUGAAUAAUCCCCACAGAGGCAUUUGAAAGUCGGAAAGAAUUGGCUGGAUCUGCAGUGAAAUUAGGUUGGCGGUGAUGAUGACAAUAUUUUUUUCUGUGGUGGCUCCCAUCAGGCAGAACUCCCUCCACUGGGAAACAAAUGAGACCCCUUCUUGCUUUUAUUCCUCAGAAGAUCUGUUAAGACCUUUAAAAUGUCUUAAAUGAUUAUAACCCAACCUGGGACCUGACAGUGAAGGACGGGUAAUUAAUGGAAUCAUUAUCAAUAAACACAAAUCCUGAAUGUGUUUUGCUUUCUCCUAAGCUGGUGAGUCAGACUGCUUUUCUGCUAGCUUUCAUCUCAGUUCUUAAGCUACUAAAUAUUUUGAUUUCCUCUGAUGCUUUAAAUCACUGGCAUUGAACCUCCAGCUUUUCAGAUGAUUUUGGACUCCAAAGCCAGUUUGUUCAAUGGGCAGUGGAUGAUGGGAGUUGCAGUUCAGUGACAUCUGGAGGGCCACAGCACCCCCUCACACCCUACUUUAAAUGAACUUCUAAUGUUUUGUUUUAUUCUGAAGUCUUUGGUAUCUUGUUUCCGUCUGUAAGCUGCUUAAGGGUCUGUUUGGAGAUGGUGACUCAGUGGAGGCUGGUUCAUAGGGCCUCAGUCUGUCCCUAUUUGGGGGUCUUCUUUAAAGAAAACUCAAGAACCUUUUGAAACCUGGCAACCCAUUCCAGAGGUGGCACUGCCUGUCAAUUUCCUGCACUGCCUCUGCCUCAGUGUAGCCCCUUGAAGAACUCAGCAUGGAAGUGGAUGGGCACAAAACCAUCGUUUGUUGCCUCUGUCAUUGGCUCUGGUGCCAUCAACUCUUUGGGCUCUCUGCCUACCACCAGUCCCAAGAGGCACAAACCACCACUGCCACUACUUCAGGGCUAAGGUGAGGUGGUGACAGGAGUGGCAGCUUGGCCCCAUGACCGUGGGUGCCAUGCAGCCCUGGCAGCAAACUUUGUGGGUGCCCAGCCCCUUCAUGGGGAAUUUUCUGGGCGCUCGGGUACCCAGGGCUCUAGGGAGUUGGCACCUAUGGCAAUUUGAUUCGCGGAAAUGGUGUGGAGGAAAUAAUUGCUUUAGUGUAAAACCCUAAGGGACGUGGGUGGCGCUGUGGGUUAAACCACAGAGCCUAGGACUUGCUGAUCAGAAGGUCGGCGGUUCGAAUCCCCGCCACAGGGUGAGCUCCCGUUGCUCGGUCCGUGCUCCUGCAAGCCUAGCAGUUCGAAAGCACGUCAAAGUGCAAGUAGAUAAAUAGGUACCGCUCCGGCGGGAAAGUAACCGGCAUUUCCAUGCGCUGCUCUGGUUCGCCAGAAGCGGUUUAGUCAUGCUGGCCACAUGUACGCCGGCUCCCUCGGCCAAUAAAGUGAGAUGAGUGCCGCAACCCCAGAGUCGGCCACAACUGGACCUAAUGGUCAGGGGUCCCUUUACCUUUAUCUAAAACCCAGCAAGCAAACAACAUAAGAGAACCCAUUGGAAUAUCCUUCUUGGGGUGUGUCUUGACCAUUAGCCACUGUGACUCCAGGAGCCCUUCUCUGUGGCCGUGACUGCAUCAUCUUUAGGUUCUGCAUCCUAGGUAUAAUUCGUGCAAUGCAGGGGUGAACUAGAUGACCCUAUGGGUCCCUUCCAAUUCUACAAUUCUGGAUUCUUGUUCUCUGCCACUUAAGAGCCCUGGGAACGCUGGAUUACACUUUACAGCCAGGGCUAUAUUUUCUAGAGGGAGAGUAAAUUUUUUAUUUGUUGCUUUGUCCUUGGGAUUGGAAUUUGAAACCUUAUCAGCACAGCCUGUUUGCAACCAAAUUAAGUGGCUGCUUCAACUUCAUCCAUUUUUCUUAUGACUAAAAAGGCUGAAGACAGGAGAUAAGGCAGGUCAAAUGGCACACACACACACUGCUUUUUUUUUUUUGCUUGAGUAUUCAACUCCAGGAAGAAUUAUUUUUAACUCAAAAUUAUGCAUGUAAAAAUAAUAUGUAAUAUCAAUCAUAAAGAACUGCAGUUAUAAAUUGCUCUGAGUCUAAGGAGGAUCUGAUGGAUUAAAAUAUCAAAGAGAAUAACCUACUAGACUUCAGCAAUUCCAUCAUAGCCCAGAAAAAGCAAAGAAUGUGAUGGAAGAGGUAGGAUUCAGCACCCUGUGUAGGGAGGCAUGAAUAUCUCAGUUUGGGCUGCUCUCAGUUUCUAAUUUUUUCCAGUCUGAAAGUAUAGUUCUCCACAUUUUUACAUUUGUUCAUUAAAAAAAACCAUAAUCCUCAUGAAAAUUCAUAAAAAAUAGCAUGAAUUUCUUCUAAUACACACAUUUGUGUAUGCAAUUUUGCCUAAUACGCAUGUUUUUGUAAAGCAUGUUCCUCUUCUAUAAUACUAAUGCCACUUUUUGCUAAUAUAUGCAUUUUGAUGCACAUUUUACUCUAGUAUACAUGCAUCUUUCUGCACAUUACUUAUCUGAAUAAAUGCAUUGCAAAAAAAGUCUGGCAAAGUGCAGUUUCCAAAGGAUGGCCGUAUAUUUUGGUUUGUGUAUUGGUUCAGGAAGUGUGAAUUACAUAGGUUCAUUCUAAAAUGCAAACAGAAUUGAAUUUAUCCCCCAUCCCUAAUUCUUAGAACCUCGUUUUCUGCACUUCUGAUAAAGCAAAUUUCUAAUCCCUAUGGUUGUUCCUGAAAGUAUGAGCACAGCAGGGACCUGAUUAAGACAUCCAUGGGUCAAAAAUGUUUUAACUUUUAACAGAUAAAGAGUUACAGAAAUGGGAGAGUUUUAAAGAGAGAGCGGCAAACUUAUUGGCACAUAGCUCACUGAAGAUGAGUAGAAACCUAUUGUUAAAGGUGUCUUGCAACAAUUUGAACUUGCAUAAGCUGUUAUAAAAUGGGCGUUACAUUGGCUACUUUAAAGUCCUUAGGUAUGUAGGCUGAUCUGAAGGACAAGUUACAUAUUUUUGUUAGAAGAUCACCAGUUUCACAUUUGAGUUCGCUGAGAACUCUCAGGAGGAUGACAUCUGGGCAGGUGAUUUGUCAGUUUUUAGUUUUCUAUUCAGCCUAGGACUUCAUCUCUCAUCACCACUGUUUGCCUUAUUUCCCCAGACUCACCUUCUGAAAAGGCACUGAGAUCUGCCCAAUAUCUUCCAUUGUGAAGGCAGAUGCAAAUAUGGUAGUUCAUUCAGUUUCUCUACAAUCUUCUUAUCCUCCUUUAGCACCCAUUUGACUCCCUUGUCAUCCAAGAGUUCAAUCACCUCCCUAGACAGUUUCCUGCUACUAAUAUAUUUAAAGAACAUCUUGUUUAUUGUCUUAAUGUUUUCAGCAAUGUGUUCCUCACAUUCUUUUUCAGCACCCCUUACUGUCUGCCUACAAUUUCUUUCUUUCUCUUUGCCAAGGUUUUCACCUUCUUUUUUGUUCUGUUCAUUUGGGCAAGACUUCAGUUUUUUGAGGGAAGCCUUCUCACCUCUAAUAGCUUCUUUGUCUCUACUCAUUAACCGUGUUGGUGUCCUCUUCACCGUCAUAGUACCUUUCCUGAUCUGCCAUAUACACUCCAGUUGAUUGUCUAAUACUGUGUUUUUAAACAACUUUCAAGCAUUUUGGAGUGAUUUGAACCUUUUGAAUCUGCCUUCCAACUUCCUUUUUAUCAAUCUUCUCAUUCUGAGGAAGUGACCAAAUGUGACCAUGUGCGCUUUCCUUGGCAACUGGCCAGUUCCAUGUAUAUUUAAUUUAAUAGUGCUAUGACCACUGUUCCCAAUUGGCUUACCCACACUUAACAUCUCGCACCAGGUCUUGGGUGCCUCUCAAGAUUAGGUCUAGGGUGCCACCCCUCUAGUCAGUUCAAGCACUAACUGUUGGCUCACCCUAAUAGCCUUGGAAGUUGAUGGAUCAACACGUGGUCAAUAUAAAUAACUAAAAUGUGCAUAGAUACAGAGGUUCUCCCCAUUAACUGCCCCUGAAUUCUUUGCAGCUAUAACAUUCUUCCUUCCAUGUCUACAUUCUUCCUUCAGUGGUGUAGCAUUUUAUAAGUGUCUCCUGGGAGAAGCACUGUAGAUCAGAUGCCUGCAGAAGGGCCCAUAUUCAAUCCCUAACAUCUCUAGAUAGGGCUGGGAGGGACCCCUGCCUGAAACCCCAGAGAGAUGCUUCCAGUCAACAAAGACAAUACAAAGAUGGACCAUUGCUCUGACUUGGUAUAAGGCAGCUUCCUAUGUUCCAAACCCUGAGGGUGAAGGCUAGGAUCAGGUCUGGUGAGUUACUCGAACAGGAAGCUGCCAGAGUCUGGUACUGAGCUGGAUAGACCAAGGUUCUGACUCGGUUUCCUGUGGGGGAAGGGGGCACAGCUCAGGGAUAGAGCACCUGCUUUGCAUGCAGAAGGUCCCAGGUUCAGUCCCUGGCAUCUCCAGGUAAGGCUGGGAGAGACCCUUGUCUGAAAUCCUGAAGAGCCACAGCCAGCCAAUGUGGACAAUACUGAGCUCAAUGGCUUGACACGGUAUGAGGCAGCCUUCUCUUUUCCCUUGAGAGAAUGAUCCAGGAACAUCCAAGGCUAUUAUGGUGAGCUCAUUUUGUUCACAGCUCCCAUAUUCAUUUUUAUUUGCAGGAGAAGGUUGAUGGGAGAAAACAAAACAUCUGCUUAAUUCCUAAAUAAUUGCCAGCCAGGGUAGCUAAUUAUUUUGGUGCAUUACAGCAGAAUGUGCAAGGCAGCUGUUUCAUACAUUUUAAACAGGAGAGAUUUCUGAACAUGCCCACCAAUAAUCUUUUCUUUUCAUGUUUCUGUUCGUUUUUCUCUCCCCCAGGGUGA